AUGGUCGACACCGGAUCCAGUGUGAAUGUCAUGUACUUGGAGGUUUUCCGAAAACUCCAGUUAGAUCGAUCUGAGCUGACUCCCAUUCGGACCCCGCUCUCCGGUUUCACGGGCGCCAUGAUUCAUCCCGAGGGUGUUGUUCGUUUACCCGUGGAAGUGGGAACGGUCCCGAGAGUGCUCCGCGUGAUGAUGGAGUUCGUUGUUGUCGAUCUAGCAUGCGUCCACAAUGCCAUCUUGGGCAGACUGGGAAUUUCUCAGCUCGGGGUGAUCAUAUCAAUGUCGCACCUCUGCAUGAAAUUUCAAACUCCAGAGGGUGUGGGCACAGUCUUGGGAGAUCCCCAAUCGGCCCGACGAUGCUAUGUCCGGGCGGUACAGAAACAGGACGCCAGCACGUCCCGGAUUAACACUAUCAGCAAGAAGAAGGAAGACGCUCGGUCUGAACAGCCCGAACCCUCAGAUGACGUGGAGCUAGUCGUUUUGACUGAGGACCGGCCUGACAGAGCAGUAAAAAUUGGCGCGGCAUUGCCUACAGAGUUAAAGAGGUCGAUUAUUGGUGUCCUCAGGGAAUAUGCGGACAUCAUCGCAUGGGGACCGGAGGACAUGCCUGGGAUAGACCGCCGGACCAUUUGUCACCGGUUGUCGGUUCGGCCGGGUUCACGGCCGGUAAAGCAAAAGCAGCGACAUCUCUCCUCCGACCGGCGACAGUUUGUCAGGGAAAAGACUAGAUCCUUGGCGGCGGCCGGGCAUAUCAGGGAGGUCCAGUACCCCGAAUGGCUGGCAAACGUGGUCCUCAACAAGGCGUGCCCGCUGGACCCGUUCCCGUUCCCGAGCAUUCACCAGAUGGUCGACGAGACCGCGGGUGCCGAGCUCCUAAGUUUCAUGGAUGCUUUCAAGGGAUACCACCAAGUGAUGAUGGCUGAAGAAGAUGAGGCCAAAACAGCGUUCAUCACCCCGGACGGCCUAUACUGCUACCGAGUUAUGCCGUUCGGCCUCCGCAGUGUUGGAGCCACCUACCAGAGAAUGGUGAACGCCCUAUUUGGAGAUCUGAUUGGCAAGACAAUGGAAGCCUACAUCGACGACAUGCUGGUGAAGAGCAAGGACAUGCACGAUCACGCGUCCGACUUGAGACGAAGCUUGGAGAUCAUGAGGCGUAACCAACUGAGACUUAACCCGGCCAAAUGCACAUUCGCUGUACAGACCGGAAAGUUCCUCGGGUUCAUGAUGACGAGGAGAGGAAUAGAACCGAACCCUGCGAAGGUGAAACCGAUUAUGGAUAUGAGGCCGCCGGCCACGGUUCGGGAAGUUCAACAGUUGACCGGUCGGUUGGCCGCCCUAAGCCGUUUCCUCUCGAAACUUGCUGAGCGAGCCCACCCGUUCUUCCAGACACUGAAGAAGACAUCCGCCUUCGCGUGGACCGACGAUUGCCAAAAGGCUUUCGAGAGUUUGAAGGAGUAUUUGGCCUCGCCGAUAGUGUUGUCCAGGCCGGAGCCCGGCGAGGAGUUACAGAUAUACCUCUCCGCGUCCGAUCGCGCGAUCAGUGCAGUGCUUUGCCGAACCGACCCUGAAGGGGUACAGCGCCCGGUCUAUUACAUCAGCCACGCGCUCCAAGGUCCCGAAUUACGAUACUCUCGGUUGGAAAAGGUCGUGUUUGCAUUAUACACGACCGCGAAGAAGCUCACGCCCUAUUUUCAAGGCCGAGUGAUCCGAGUGUUGACCGAUCAGCCGAUGGGCGCUAUCCUUCGAACGACCACAUCCUCCGGUCAGCUAGUCAAGUGGGCGAUGAUCUUAACCCAGUUCGCGAUCGAAUACACGCCCAGACCAGCCAUUAAAGGACAAGCCUUGGCAGAUUUCGUUGUGGAAUGUUCGGCACGGGAUAGUGCCACCUCGCCGACCGCUGACCCCGCCCCGGCGGAGUGGGAAAUCGCGACCGACGGAUCGAGCUGUAAUCAGGGCGCUGGUGCGGGUAUAGUUCUCACCAGCCCGGAGGGCUUCAAAGUCUAUUACGCCUUGUCGCUCGCUUUCUCACCGACCAACAACGAAGCGGAGUACGAGGCCUUCAUAGCUGGUUUGUGCCACGCCCGCUCUCUAGGGGCUCGACAUGUGAGGAUCCGGACCGACUCAGCCCUGGUGGUCGGACAAGUCAUCGGUGCCUUCGAGGCAAAGGGAGAACGGCUAGCCCGGUAUCGAGACCACGCCUUAUCCGUUAUGGAAUCGUUUGAUGCGUGCAUCGCCGAGCAUAUCCCACGGGCUGAGAAUGCAGACGUAGACAUGUUAUCCCGAUUAUCGCACGAGGCCCCGGAAUAUAUAUCUAAGGUUGCCCGGGUGGAAGAGCUGUCGACCGCAUGUAUUGAUGUGUUGCCCAUGGCUCCGGUUGAUGCUGGGACGGAUGAGUGGAUCUCCGACCUUCGGUCCUACUUAGAAACCGGAACCUUACCAGAGAACGAGCAGAGGGCUAAGAAAGUGAAGCUUCGCGCCCCUCGGUUCCAAAUAGUCGACAAUCGCCUUUACCGACGGUCUUAUGGGAGGCCGUUGAUGAGAUGUUUGUCCCGGUUCGAGGCCGAACUUGUGAUGACCGAGCUACACUCUGGACUUUGCUCCGCUCAUCAGGGGGGCCGGGCCUUGGCAAGAAAAUAA